AUGUUGGAUCAUACUCAUUAAAUUUCAAUACCAUCUUAAGAAAAUCCAAAUAGGAACUAUAUAUCUACACAGAUAAUUUCUUAAGAUGGAGAAACAGUCGUUUAUGAAGGGAAACUAAUAGAAAAUGAAAAAGAAAUAAAUGUAGUUAUAAGGUGUUAGUGUAACAAUAAAGACUCUGAACUAGAAUUUAUUGAUUGGCUAAUCUCUUAAUAAAAACAGAAUUAAGCAAGAGAGAUAAUAAAAAUUUAUGAAAAAAUUGAAAAUAAUCAUAAAACAUAUUUAAUCACUGAAUUCAGCAGCCUUAAAUUAUCAAACUAUUUAAAAGAGAAUAAAUAAUUGAGUCGACUUUAAAAAAUCGGUAUUUGUAAUUAAACUUUGGAUGUUAUUUUAUUCUUGCAUCAUAAUUAGUAUUUUAAUGGAAAUAUCUUAUCUGAAAAUUUUGUACAAGUUGGAAAUAUCUUUAAAUUAGCAAACUUUGGAUUCAGGAAAUUCUAUUAAAAGACUGAUGAAAAUUAAAAAAUAAUUGAUAUACAAUCUUUGGGAUGUUUAUUUUAUGAAAUUUUCAAAGGAGAAAAAUUGUUUUAAGGGUAAAUAGAAUUAGAAAGCUAAAAAUAUAAUGACUUUAAUUUUAAAGGUAUUGAAUUUAUUCCAAAAGUCAAUGAUAUCUCAUGGCAAUAGAUGUCAAAUUUAAUUUUAGAGAUGAUAUAAAAAAAAAUACAAGAUAUCUAAAAAAUACAAGAUGGCUUGAAUAAUUUAAGAGAAAAAUAAUUAUAACCUCCUUUGCCUUAAUUUUAUAACUAUCAAUAGCAAGUAAAUUCAAUUUUUGAUGCUCCAACAGGGUAGUUUCCAAAACGUUAUUUUGUUUUAAGUAAACUUAUAGGAGAUGGAGGAGAAGGAGCUGUUUAUUAAGCAAAAGCAGUAAAUGAAACAUUUUACUCAACAGAAGUUGCAUUGAAAAUUUAAUAAAAAAUGAAAGAUCAAGAACUCUAAUUUAUUGAUUAUUUGAUUGAUUACUAGAAAAAUAAGGAAUAAACUGCAUUUCAAAAAAGCAAUUUGAUUAGAGUCUAUGAAAGGUUUGAAUAUUAAAAGUAAUAAGUAUUGAUUAUGGAACUUGGAAUUAAAGAUAUGAAUUCUGUUUUAAAAACAAACAGAAUACCAUAAUAAUAAAAAGAAUAAAUUUGUUAAUAAAUUGCUUAAUCAAUUGCAUUUCUUCAUAAAUUAGGACUUAUUCAUAGAGAUAUUAAACCUGAAAACUUUAUAUAAGUCGGUUCCAUAUACAAAUUAAUUGAUUUUGGUUUAGUAAAACAUGGGGAAUAAAAUUUAAGAAAGACAAAAAUGGUAGGAUCCCCACAGUAUUAAGCACCAGAGAUAAUCAAUGGAUCAGAUGAUUAUACAGCUUCUGUUGACAUUUGGUCUUUAGGAUGUCUAUUCUUUGAGAUAUUCAAAUAAUCUCCUUUAUUUAAUGGUUCAUCUAUAAGGGAAAUAUAAUAAUCAAUUUUUAAUUAUUGCCAAAACUAACAAUAAGUACGAUUUGAAAUUCAAUAAUUACAAAUCAGAGAAGAAUUAAAAAAUUUACUUUCAUAAAUGAUUGAUCCAAUACCUCACAAAAGACCUAAUAUAGAUUCAGUUUAAAAAUAAUUAUAACUCAAAUUCCCAUAGUCAAUAAAUUUGGUUUAGAGUGCUGGUAACAACUAAGCAGGAGAACAAAGAACCAAGCCUAUAUUUUAAACAACUACUGAAGUCAGGAUUAAUGACAACAAAAAUAACGAAAAACAACAAAAAUAUAAUGAAAACAUUUCUAAAUUAGACUAAAUAGUUAAAGAUAUUUAUGAACAAUAUUUUGAUAAUUCUAAUUGGGAUUGUUAAAAAAAAAUAGCAGAAACUCAAUAGAAUUUCAGAGACCACUUAAACAAUUAAAUUAUUCAAUUAGGAUAAAAAUCCCUUCCUAAUAGUUUAGGAUAGUCUGUUGGAUAGGUAUAAAACUAAAUUUUUAAUAAUUAAUUCCACCCAAGCACAUAUUCUCCUUAGCAAUAAACAAAUAUUAUUAACAAUUUUCAUCCUGCAUAAUGA